GAGGAGGAAUGGGGAGGCCAGGCUGGAACCCUCCCUCAGACCCUGGCAGAAUGCAGCUGACCACUGUUCUUCAUAGGCCUCCAGGGAGAAGGCAAUGCUGCUGAGCAGGCUCCCCUCGUCCCCACAUGGGCUGCAGAGGCAGCUGGGCCGGUCUUAGGCUGCUGGCUGGCUGCAGUGUGGCUCCCAGCCAACACACAUGCUGACAGGUGACCUGCAGGCCCCGCCCCUGCACCUGCCUGUUCUGUCGUCAGGACUGCAGGACAGGUGAGAGUGCAGAGGGCCUCACACCAGCACAGCACCGGGGUCAGAGAACAGACUUUGGGAAGGGCUCUUGGGACAGCCGUUCGUGUACCUGGCAGCUGAGCAUGCUUCAGGCUGCCUUGCUGCUCCCCUGGGGCUGCCAGCCCCCAGUUGUGGCAGAAAGAGGAGCCUCCUAAGGAUUAUCUCUCCCUAGGACACUUAGGGACUGGCACCAGCCCUUGGCAGUCAGGAAGGGCCACGGCUUAGAAGAGAGGGACCUAACUUGAGUUUGGGACUUCUGGGGCCUGCAGAGAGAUUUGUGGCUUUGGAUUUUCCCGGGCUUCCCAAGGUCCAGGCCCGACUCCAGCCUGUCUCCCUCCGGCCUGCCCUCCGCACUCCUGGGAACCUUCUUUAGGGAAUUUGGCCUUCUGUAUCUUCAUCCUCUCAGAAGUGUCUUCCCACGGGACAGGAAAUGCUCCCAUCGAUCCAGCUUUCUCAGGCUCACUUUUUUUUGUUGUUGUUGUUUUGGGUUUUUUGUUUGUUUUUUGAGACAGGGUCUUGCUGUGUAUCCCAGGCUGGCCUUGAACUCAAAGCAGUCCUCCUGCCUCAGCCUCCUGAGUGCUGGAAUCACAUGUGUGACACCAGCUCAGCCUCAGGCUCACUUCUUAACCCACCCAGCCACACAGCCGCCUCGCUUCUCUGCCACCUGAGUCCCUCCCAUCUGCUGUCCCUGGGCUCCAGCCCACUCUUUCUCAGGGCCAGCCCUGCUCCCUCUUCACCUGCCAGACCCCACACUCGGGACUUUGUAGUCACGUGCACAUCUUUCUUGACUCCUGCCCUCUGCUCUCUGCCUCCUCCCAGGAAGCUGGGACCCCUGCAAGGUUCUCAUCACACCCGGUAACUUCCCCCUCCUUCAGCAGGCAGACAGAAGCUCCUGGGGGAGGGUCACCCCAGCGACCUCUGCAGGCUGGCUUUGUCUCCCUGGGCACACCCUUCAUCGCCCCUGCCACUGGUCCUACUUAGACCCUGGGCAACGUCUCCGUCCACGUGGAGUGUCUGAAUGGGUACGGAGAAGGCUCCAGAGGCACACGGGUGGGAGACACUCCCGGGCCACUCAUGUCUCUGACCUGCGGUACCUUGGUCUGGUUCUCCCCGCCUUGAGGCCUGGCUUUGCAGCUCUCCUACGACCAGGCCAGUAGUAAAACCUUUCCCCAUAGGGACAAAUCAGCAGAUGGCUCCCGUGCCCACCCAUGGACUUUCUGAUGCUUCUGGCCAUAGGGUGGGAAAGCUUCCCCUUGCGCCUCCUGAGCACCGUAUAGCCUGUAGCUUGCUCUACAGCUGCAGGAGAACUGGAGACGCGCGCGAUGCCACUUAGGGUCAGUGACCAUUUAGUACUGCCACGCCACCCCGGCUGGAUCGGCUUGGCUGCGGGUCUGGGAAGGUCUGCAUCUGAGCACGAAGCGGUGCGGGCCCACCCUGCGCGGGCCUCUGCGCUCCCUGCGCUCGUGGCGCUGACCCGUUCCAUGCGCACUCACUGCCCCGCCCCGCGUGGCCCCGCCCUCGCCGGGCGCCGGUUCCAGCACGGAUAUAAAGCGAGGAGGCUCACGGCUCAACCUCGACGCCGCUGCUGCCGCCACCGCCGCCGUCUGCGUCCAGAUGGCCAGGCGCGCGAAGCUGGUGGCCGGCGCCCUGCUUCUUUGCCUGCUGCUGGGGCCUCCCGGCCUCGCGUGGUACAAGCCGUCGGCCGGCCCCCGCCACUACUCGGUGGGCCGUGCUGCAGGGCUGCUGUCAGGCUUCCGCGGGGUACCGUCUGCGCGGCGCUCAGAGCCCGUUGUUGGUUCGGGAUCCCCACGCGGAGCUGGUGCCUCCGGGGAGAUGCGUCCCGGCUUGCGAACCCUUGCCAGCGCACGCGGGUGGCCCCCCACGACCAUAUGCAUCCAGGGCGUCGCCCCGCACCUGCAGAACUGCGAGCGGCUGCCUGACGACCGCGGGACCCUGCAGUGCACCGCGGAUGUCUUCCUGUCGCUGCGCGCCACCGACUGCCGCCCCGCCUGAGCCUCGGACCUGAAGCCUGACCCCGCCUGGCCCCGGUGGGUCCCCCCCCGACGCCCACUGGCCCAAGCCCGGACCCCCAGCCCCGCCGCGGGGAUGGCACCCCGAACCCUCCUACCCGACCCAGCCCUCAGUAAUGGUUAAAUGGAUAAAGGAGAAGCAGA